AUGCCAGCGAAUGACACGUGGACUCCAACACCGGUUUCGAUGGUAUCGAUCGACACUCGAACGCAUCGAUUGCAACGAAAUGCUUUCGAAAUGAGUGGUGAGUGUGGGGGCAGUGAUGGCGUCCACAGUGCGAUUCCUUCAACCGUUCGCUUCAAUCAGUCAUACGUUUUGAUUGUAUUCAGGAAUUGUACACUAAAUCAACACAAUAUGAAUGUGAUUAAGCCUAAGAGGAAUGCAUUGACACCACAAUACAGUGGUCAGAGGGCCGUAGUGUCCGUCACUGUGGUGUCGGAUGUGAAGCAUUGUAUGCAAUGGUGUGAAGGCAUGGCCUCUAAUGGUGUGAAUGGAGGCGCCGAUGGCUCGCAUCCAGCGGUGAACUUCACAGUAGACGAGAUCCGUGUGAUGAUGAACAAGAAGCGGAACAUCCGCAACAUGUCUGUCAUCGCACACGUAGACCACGGGAAGUCCACUUUGACCGACUCGUUGGUCUCGAAGGCCGGUAUCAUCGCUGCCUCGAAGGCGGGAGAGAUGCGCUUCACUGACACCCGAAAGGACGAACAGGAGAGAUGUAUUACCAUUAAGUCGACCGCCAUUUCCAUGUAC